GUUAAAAUUAACACAAUAUGGCGGCUGUCCGGCGAAUGAAUUGAAUUUUAUCCAGUACUAAUAGAAGUGACUGUUUUCAGUUCUGAGCCAUCAUUUUUUAAUUGUGAUACUUAAAGUAGUGAUAAGUAGUAAAGUUUAGUGAUUUAAUUAAGUAUUGAAUAUUUGAAUUGUUUUGUAAUUGUCGUAUACAAAGAAAUUUGGAGAAAUGUACGACGAUAGACGUGGAGGUCGCGGUGGAAGCCGUGGUGGUCGUGGUGAUAGCCGAGGUUCUAGAGGCGGCCGUGGCGGCCGGGGCGGCAGCCGUUCACAAGAUAGAUCUGAAGAUAGAGGCAGUCGGUUCGGAGGCGGCGGACGUGGCAGAGAUGGUGGAGGCGGUGGACGCGGCUUUGGAGGACGGGGUCGUGGAGGUCGGGAUAACCGCGACGGUCGCGAUGACUUCCGUAGUAACUAUAAUAAAAAUGAUCAACCGGGCGGUGCUCUACGAAAGAUACGCUGGGACAACGUUCAACUAACGCCAUUCCAGAAGAACUUCUAUGUUCCUCAUCCAAAUACCGUAAGACGUACCAUAGCUGAAGUUGAAGCAUACAGAAGCCAGCAUCAGAUUACUGUCAAAGGCCGCGACGUUCCUCCGCCAAGUAUAUUUUUCGAUGAAGGUGGUUUCCCUGAUUAUGCCAUGAAAGAAAUAUUGAAGCAGGGAUUUCCUAACCCAACUCCAAUUCAAGCACAGGGUUGGCCCAUUGCUUUAUCCGGUAGAGAUAUGGUGGGCAUUGCUCAGACAGGUUCUGGCAAGACUCUUGCAUAUAUCUUGCCAGCUAUUGUGCAUAUCAUCAACCAGCCUCGCUUGCUCCGAGAUGAAGGCCCCAUUGUUCUUGUGUUAGCACCGACCAGGGAGCUUGCUCAGCAAAUCCAACAGACUCUGCUCUCAAUGAAUGGAAGUGAAGAGGCAAGGAACAGAAACCUGGGCGACUUGGACGUUGUGGCUACAGACUUUGGACAGAAUGUACAAGUAAGAAACACUUGCAUCUUUGGUGGUGCACCAAAAGGUCCCCAGGGAAGGAUGUUGGAGAGGGGAGUAGAAAUAGUGAUUGCUACGCCGGGCAGGCUCAUUGACUUUCUAGAGAGAGACACCACAAAUCUCCGUCGCUGCACAUACUUAGUGCUUGAUGAAGCAGACAGAAUGUUGGACAUGGGAUUUGAACCUCAGAUUAGAAAAAUAAUUGAACAAAUACGACCUGACAGACAGGUUCUCAUGUGGUCCGCCACAUGGCCCAAAGAAGUUAAAAACUUGGCCGAGGAGUUCCUCCAUGACUACAUACAGAUUAAUAUUGGGUCGUUGUCACUAUCUGCCAAUCACAACAUUCUGCAAAUUGUGGAUAUCUGCGAAGAUUGGGAGAAGAAUGAGAAACUGCUGACCCUUCUCAACGAAAUAUCAUCAGAGGAAGAAACCAAGACAAUCAUAUUUGCUGAAACUAAGAGAAAGGUUGAUGAGAUAACAAAGACAAUAAACCAAGCGGGGUGGCGCGCGCUCGCCAUACACGGCGACAAGAACCAACAAGAUCGAGACUAUGUUCUGGGGCAGUUCCGACAGUAUUCAGGAGGAAUUCUGGUCGCUACGGACGUCGCGGCUCGGGGUCUCGACGUGGAGGAUGUGAAGUUCGUGAUCAACUACGACUACCCCAAUAACUCAGAGGACUACGUGCAUCGCAUCGGGCGCACGGGCCGCUCACACAACACCGGCACCGCCUACACGCUCUUCACGCCCAACAACUCCGCCAAGGCAAGAGAUCUAAUGUCGGUGCUACAAGAGGCCAACCAGGUGGUGAACCCGAAACUGUUGGAGUUGGCCCAGUGUGGGACUGGAUUCAAGGGGAAAUAUAAUCGAGGUCGAGGCGGCGGGGGCUACCGCGACCGCGACGAGGACGGCGGCGGGCGUGGUCGAGGGCGUGGCGGACGAGGCAUGGGGCGUGGCCGCGGGGACUCCAGAGGUUCAAGAUGGGAUAACAAUGACUCGUCGAACGGUUUCCAAAGCUCGGGUUUUAGGUCUCGCGACCAGAGCCGAGAUUCUUCUGGCUUCAGAGGCCGUGGAGGGAGGGGUGGGGGCGUGAGCCGCGGCCGAGGCGGCUUCCAGGGCGGCCAGAGCCAGCCCAGCUUUGGCCAGGCCCCGCCCAGCUACAGCCAGAGCCAGCCGGCAUACGGACAAAGUGGCGCCGGUUUCACCCCUCAGAAUAGCUACUACAACAUGUACUCGCAACCUCAGAGCUAAUUAUAUCACGGAAUCAAUGAGGGCAGAUAUAUAUGUUGGGGUUGCUAAGUACAUUCAAAAUACAAUAGACGAAAAAGAUAAAUAACGUGUCGGUGUAAUCUCAAUUCAGUAUUCGUUAAAUGGCUUGGUGAAUAACUAAUUAUGAUCUACACUGCAAAUGGUCUAUAUUAUUCUAUAAUCAAAUUAGUCUUAAUUUUACAUUUUAAACAUAAUUCACAGGGUAAUUUGAUUUUGCGAUGCUAUUCCACAGGUCUUGCUAUUUAUUUAACAAAAAAAAUGCAUUUUCUCACAUUUAGUACUUGGUUGCAUCCUAUAUAAAAUAUUGGCCAUUUUGAUAGUAUAGUGUAGGGAGCGAAUUAUUUGAGGUACUUAUAUGACAUUCCCUGGCAAUAGUUGUUUUAAGAUUCAAUUCACCUAAUAAACAUUUUAAAAUA